AUGUUCUCGUCAGCGCUCAAGUCGUUCACCUCCAACAUCGGCUCCAACUACACCAUCGCUCCGCAACCCAGCUCGACCUCUGGACCAUGGAAGAUCUUUGAUGCCAAGAAAAAGUCGACCGGCAAAGCUGCCUCGGUCUUUGUGUUCGACAAGAAGUCUCUCGAACCAACAGCCAGUUCUCUAGGAGGAGGUCGUGGGAACUCAUCGUCCAUCAAACGAGCCCAGGAGGAGGUCAUCGAUCGUCUGAAGAAGGAGGCAAGCUCUCUGGCUCGUCUGCGACAUCCCAGUGUCUUGGAAUUGGCCGAACCUGUCGAGGAGACGCGUAGUGGUGGUCUCAUGUUUGCGACGGAACAAGUCACGGUCUCUCUUGCUGCUUUGCUGGCCGAAAAGGAUGACCAAGAAAGAUCAGGCCGAAAUGCUGGAAGAGGCAGCCGUUAUGUUGUCCGCGGGAACGAUGGUCAAGACGAGAUCCGCGAACUCGAACUGGACGAGCUGGAGAUACAAAAGGGUCUCCUGCAGAUCGCAAAAGGCUUGGACUUUCUACACAACAGCGCAAAGCUGGUUCACGCCAACCUGACACCAGACGCCAUCUUUGUCAAUGCAAAGUCGGACUGGAAGAUCUCGGGCUUGGCCUUCUCGACCCCUUUCUCCGAUUCUGUCUCGUCACCGUCUCUGUCUCUAUCCGAAGUGUUGAACCAUGAUGCUCGACUUCCUCCUUCGGUACAGCUAAGCCUCGACUACACCUCUCCCGAUUUUGUGCUGGAUAACAACAUCAAUCCCUCGGCCGAUAUGUUCUCGCUGGGUCUCCUCAUCAUCGCCCUCUACAAUUCUCCACACCGCAGUCCCAUCGAGACACAUGAAAGUCUCUCGGCCUACAAACGUGCCUUUUCCUCAUCCUCUUCUGUACCCAACCAGACAAACAACUUUCUCUCAUCUGUGCCGCUACCAAAGAACCUUUCAUCCGAGCUUCUGCCACGCCUGAUAACUCGACGUCCUGCACAACGACUCAACGCCAUGGAGUUCCAACAGGCCCAAUACUUUGACAACAUUCUCGUAUCCACUAUUCGCUUCCUGGAUGACUUGCCGGCCAAGACACCCAACGAGAAGGUUCAGUUCAUGCGAGGUCUUGCAAAAAUCAUGCCACAAUUCCCAAAAUCAGUCCUGGAGAGAAAGCUCUUACCUGCUCUGCUAGAAGAAAUGAAAGACCGCGAACUGCUGGCUCCGAUUCUGUUGAAUGUUUUUGCCAUCAUCAAGGCCUCGCCAUCAGGGAAGCGUGCUUUUACAGAGAAGGUCAUUCCGAGGUUGCGUGAUAUAUUCCUUGUGCAAUCGAACGCGAAAUCUCCUGCUGAGCGUGACACUACAAAAGAGGCUGGCCUGAUGAUCGUGCUCGAGAACAUGAAAGUUGUGGCUGACAACUGCUCUGGCAAGGAGUUUAGAGAUGACAUUCUUCCCAUCAUCGCUCUGGGUCUUGGAUCUCCAACUCACGCCGUUGUCGAUGCCGCUCUUUCCACAUUACCUUCAGUUCUGCCUGCCCUCGACUACACCACAAUCAAGAAUGAGCUGUUCCCUGUAAUCGCUGGUGUCUUUGCCCAUACAAAUUCGCUUGGCAUCAAGAUUCGUGGUCUUGAAGCGUUCUGUACUCUUUGCGGCGGUACUGCUGAGAAUGAGUCUGUUAGCGACGGUCUUGAUGGUGUUUCCAUUUCUCACGACUCUUCCAAACUCGGUAGCAGCCAAGUGCUCGACAAGUUUACCAUUCAGGAGAAGGUCGUGCCUCUGAUGAAGGGAAUCAAGACAAAAGAGCCCGGUGUUAUGGUCGUAGACUCCGACUUCCUCGCCAUGGAAGCCCUACCCAUCCUUUGGAGCUUCAGUCUCGGACCCCUUCUCGAUCUUGAGCAGUUCCAGGCUUUCAUGACUUUGAUCAAGAAUCUCUCAUCACGUAUCGAAAGAGAACAUACUCGUAAACUGCAAGAGCUGGGCUCGAGCAAUGGUGCCGGGUCAGCGAGAUUGGGAGCAAAGCAGCCCUCUGCUUUCCAGUCAGGCACGACGACCAAUGGCGGCGAAGGAACCGCAACUCCAGACAUCAUGAACGAUUGGGGUCCGCCUGCUGCCAAACCUGCCUCGACCCAGCCACCAACUACAUCGCAAGGCUCACCCUUCUCAACCUGGACAAGUGCAGCACCAGCCCAGACUUCUCGAUUGACCUCUCUACAACCUUCAGCCAACCAGCGCACAGUAACGCCAGAUCUCAACACUUCCUUUGCCGCACUCACACCCGCAUCGCCGUUCAACGCACCACUACAACCUUCAAACCCCAACUUCACAUCUCCACCUCUCAACCGCGCAGCCAGCAACACUGCUUCUUCGAUAAACUGGUCAGCGGCAAGCACAACCCCGAAUGCUAAAUCAACAUGGUCAUCACAGCAAAGACCCACGAAUGGCGGUAGUUUUCCUCCGCCCACCCAACGGCAAUCUUCGUUUACUAUUGCCCCGCCGCCGAGCUUCAAGACGCCAGCGCCUGGGACGGCGAAUGCGUAUUCUGGGGUUUCGAUGCCGGUGAUGCAGCCGCAACAACAGCAGCAACAGAGACAGGCGUUGCAGCAACAGACGCAGCAGCAAAAGGCUGCGGCACCGCAGAGUAGUGGGUUGGACAAAUAUCAGAGCUUGAUUUGA